AUGGGCUGUGUAGAGGACGUCGGAGAGUUCAAAGCCACAGCUCGAGCGCUGCAUGAGAGUUUAAUAAUGUCCCAGUGCAGGAUAUGUGGAUCAACAACCCACCGUUUAAAAGAACGACCAUCACCUCUGUCGAGCAGCUUCAGUGGCCUCUGCCCGUCUCCUGCGUUCUUGAGGCUGCUGCUGAUAAUUGGUAUUUUGUGCUGCUGCAGUACUCGGUACUUCAUUCGCAGACAUGUCCACCCUUACCCUCCACCCGAGGGACCUGAUUUUAAUGUGUCCUUUACCAGACACCCCAUCAUAGCACCAGGGUUGCGUCAGGCUGGCUUUCACAAUUAUGGAGACUCAGAGACUGCAGUCAUCUCCACCGUCUACCCAGCGCAGACCCACCCCGGUCACGUGACUGCAGUGUAUUCAGCCCUGCCGUCCUACUACAGCCAGCCCCCUCCUUCAUAUGAUCAGGUCAUGCAGGACACGCAGAAGAAAUAAACAGACCCUUAGCACAGUGAUUUGUUCUUAUUCAAACUGUGAGUUUAACGAAAGAAAGAAACAGAAGAAGCUCAAUAACUCAGGCAUGACUGGAAGUAAACAAACUUACAAACUGGAGUAGAAGAAUGAGUACCAAAACUAAAAAAGUUAAAGAUGUUGAAACGCCUCCAUCUUUCUCUCAGCAUACAAGACUGCUGGCGGCCUACAGUUCCUCAUCUGUGGUCACAGAAAGUGCACUUACGUUUUCAAUGUCAGGACUGAAGGAUAUGUUUAUAAGCGUAACAGGUUAUACAUAAGCUUUCACAUUAGGGCUAGGGAUUAUAGCUGAUCAGUUUAUGGAAUUUGUUUUAUACUUUUAUAUUGUUCGCUUCUAAAAAUAUUUUCAUCUGUAAAAAUGAUCAACCAUUUUUAUUUCUUCAGACAUAAACGGUAUUAAACACUUCCUGAAUGUCUACUAAAUGUUAUUGAUUAUAAUCCACUGAAUAAUACAACUUUUUUUUUAUAUCAAACUCAUCACCCAUAACCUUAAUAAACUA